AUAUUUUUCAGUAUUGUGGUUAAAUAUACCGGCCUUAUCUCAUGAUUGUUAUAACCACCACUUUAUUCCCUCUUCCCAUUCAGACAAGGGGGACACAGUGAGAGACAGACAGAUAGUUUCCAGGAUAGAGGUGAAUGCUACCCAACCCUAAUGAAAGAUUGACUCUUCUUACCCUGCCACUGUCCAACCCAUCCACCAUGUCCGCCAUACCCCCUGAGCCCACCAAAGCAGAGAUAGAUCAACUCCGUGCCGCUGCCAUACAGAAGAUCGAGGCAGGAGGACCUUUUGACCCCCAGGAUGUACGGCGGAUUCGCUCAGAUGACAAGUACAUGCGUCGCUUCCUCAUGCACCACGACAAUGACCAGAAGCUGUCCCUGGAGAUGGUGAUGGACACACUCAAGUGGCGACAUGAGAAUCAGUGCAAUGCCAUCACCAAGGAGUCCAUACCCCAGGAAUUCUUCGACAAAGGUGCUCUUUUCAUCCACAACCGGGACAAGGACGGCUGCAAGAUACUCAUUUUCUCCGUGCGUCUCCACCAGAAGGGGACACUGGAUAUGGAUCAGCUCAAACGUUUUCUUAUCUACUGGCUGGAGCGAUUGGAAAGGGAGGAGAAAGGCGAGUGGAUCACCGUGUUCUUUGACAUGUGUGACACGGGAAUGAAGAACAUGGACAUGGAGUUUAUUCAGUACAUGAUUAACCUGUUCAAGAGUUACUACCCUUGGGUGCUCAACUACAUCAUUGUGUUUGAGAUGCCCUGGCUCCUCAAUGCAAUGUGGAAGAUCAUCAAGACCUGGCUGCCUCCCAAGUCCAUCCAGAAGAUCAAGUUUGUGGACAAAAAGUCGGUGGGUGAAUACGUGGCACCAGACCAGUGCCUGACUAGCUGGGGUGGCACUGACUCCUACCAGUACCACUUUGAGCCUGAGGUGACCUCCUCCCCCACCAGCAGCACCCUGCCCAAUGGCGACAUUUCUGACAACCGCAAGGUCCACUUUGCUGAGGGGAGUGCACCGUCAUCACCACUCCGAGGGAAGACUGCAUCACGCCGCACAACACCCUCGACUGGUGGUGUGUACGUCGACAUUGAUCCCGGGGAGGAGCUUGUGUUCAGCAGCUGUCGCAUUGGUGUCACUGCCAGCAUUCUCCUCACCAACCCCACUGCCAACCCUCUUGCUAUUAAGAUCAAGACCAUCCCUGAAAAGUACCGAGUGAAGCCAUCAGUGGGUGUGCUGGAGGGUGAGGGCCAGCUGGAGGUCGGGGUGACGGUGGGGGAGCAGUUGGCACCCUCAGCACUGGUGAGGGACAAGUUUCUGGUGAUGGCGGCCCCAGCUCCCUCACUUGACUUGAGCUCCCAGGAAGUGUCUCAGUUGUUCAAGAGUGUCAACAAAGAGGACCUGUUUGAGGCUCGGCUUAGGGUUGGGGUGGCAGCGGAGGACACCAACACCUCCUCCCUUGCCUCUCCAACCACACCCUCUGUCUCACUGCCUCCUGAACUGGUCUCUAAGCUGGACCAGUUGCUACAGAGACAGAGCGCUGUGGAGGACCAGCUCAGAUCUGCCCGGCGCGUAGUGUUCCUCCUGCUGGCCAUGCUUGUCGCAGUCCUGAUCUUCCUGGUUAUUGCCACAAACAACAUGACCUCAACUCUCCUCAUGCACUCCGCCGCACUCCACCAGGGGGGCAGGUCGGGUCACGGGGCAGAGUUAUAGCGGUCUUGCUGCACCUCACAAGUUUGGUCAGUCUCUGGUCUGUUGCUGGAGGGAGUGUUGCCUCCUUGUCAUGUUCCUCAGGCAGGGUUGGAUAAGGGUAUGUGUGCAUAGGGUUUGAUGUGUGUUCUUCUUUUCCUUUCUUCCUCUUGUCUCCAUUUUCUUUUUUUUUUUUUUCUCCUCCAUUCUUCCUUGUCAUGGUCUUUCUUCUUGACUGAACUAUUGUCUUCCUUCAUUUCUUUUCGUUUUACCUCCAUCCUUCCUUUCUUUUCUUUCUUUCCUCUUAAUUUCUUAUUACAUUUCAUGUUAUAUUUCAUGUUUUCUUAUUCUUUUCUCCUUCCUUCUCUUAUUUUCUUUCUUCCGUCCUAUAUUUCUUAUAUUUUCUCAUGAUCCUUUUUCCUUUUCCUUUCAUACCCUUUAGUUAUUAUGUGUUCUUAUUACCCCUUUCUUUUAUUUUCAACUUUUUUUCCUUCUAUUAUUUCUUUCCUGCUCCUUCCUUUUUCCCUUUUUUUUUUUUUCUUCAUGUUUAAUCAGUUAUUCCUCUUACCAUUCAUCUGUUCUCACCUCCAUCCCUCCCUCAUCUAUUGACAGACAAGCAUAGAAGUGAGAGGCUCAAAUGUUAUGUACUUAAUUACCAUCCUUCCCACACCCAUCCCUGCCUCCCUCCCUCACUUACUUCCUCAUUCCCUAUUUGAUUAACAUGUAACGUGAUGUAGAAAGAGUUUUUCUACACAUAUAUGCUAUUUAAUGAAUGUUUCCCACCAUAUAGUGUGUGUGUGUGUGUGUGUGUGUGUGUGUGUGUGUGUGUGUGUGUGUGUGUGUGUGUGUGUGUGCGCGUGCAUGUGUGCGCAACGUUGAAAAGACAAAAGGUAGUGUUACACAAAUCUAUUUUUGCAUCAGCUUAGUCCCAGUCUUUUCAUAUGGCUUGGCUUGGGAAUUUAGAGUAUUUGAUGUGGCCUUGUCUUGUUACCUUUCAUUGUUGUUGUUGUUAUUAUUAUUAUUAUUAUUAUUUAUUAUUAUUAUUAUUAUUGCAAAUGUGCUUUUUUUUUUUAUUUAACUCUACAUUCGUAUAGAAGAAAAAUGUUAUAUUUCAAAAAGGAUAUGUGGAUUUCUCAAGUUGUGUGGUUAUGUGUUUGAAGAUUUGUCAGAAUAUUUAACUUUUUUUUUUUUUUAUACUUCAUUAAUUUCUUUCUCAUUAUUAUUAUAUCUCCCAUACAAAUUUUAAUAAUUUCUCCAGUUCACUUUGUUUUGCAGUGAAAUGUUUCAGAUGAUGUGUCAGGAUGUUUGUUUGGUAGCUGCGCAGUGCUUCUUUUUCUUUGUUGUUGUCAUUAGUAUUAUAAUUAUUAUCUGUGUAUGAAUUUCAGUCAGUUCAAGUGUUGGGGUGAAAUGUUACAGUUGACUAGUAAGGAAGCAGCAAUGAGGAAGUGAACAUAUUAAAGCAGUAAGGCAUUGAGAAUUGUGAGGAGACAUUAGUACAUUUAACACAGCUAGUCAGAGUUAGUAAGCAAGUUAGUAAGUCUGCAAGUAAGUAAUUUGGUUGGUUCAGUUAAUCAUUCAUUUUGUCAGUCACCGAGCAAGUUUUCCUCUUUGUAAGCCAGUCAUUGCUAAGUUGUUAGUUUGUCAAUUAGUCCAUUAUUCUGUUAGUCAUUCUGUUGGUCCAUUAGUUUCUUAGCCAGUCAGUUUCUCAAAUUCAAUAACUCAGAGAACAGAGUGACAUGUCUUCAGUUUUGCAUCACUCUCAUUCUUUACUCGUUGGACUUUAAAAGAGUUCUUACUCUCUCCAUCGUGCUCCUCCAGAAUAGAAGUGUGUCCACCGCUGGGACUCAGACAGACCUCACCCACCUAUUGGUUCCUCACUGUGUUCUCUUUGGCCAUGACACCAACAUCCUCAUUCAUUUCCACUUUCAUUUAAUCUUCAGUUGCUUCAUCAGUCAGUGUUUCAUUUAUUUGGUGCUUGGAUUAAACUUUUAUUAAUUGUUCUUAAGUAAUUUUUUUUUUUUUUUUUCAUCUUGCAGUGAUAGGUUUCCUAAAGUUUAGUCAUCCAAUUGCACAUUUUUUUGCAAUUUUAUAUUCUGGAUCAUUACAAACCCUCAUGCUUUUCAUUUAUUCAUUAUUUUUGUUCACAGAGAAGCAUAAAGCCAUUCAUUGCAUACACAAGUUAUGCCUACAUGUGUAUGCUUUCCAUGGGGAACAACACUACAUAGGUGCACAGUUUACAUCUACAUGUGUACAGUACUCAUCAGCAUUCUGGGACGUAGCAAGCUUGAAGUACUUACACAGCAUGAUUAUGUCUACAUGUGCAUAUAUAUAUUUUUCAGUAGUGCACUGAAUACACAUAGCAUGUAUACUAGGUUUGGUAUACACAGGGUAUAUUGAUAUGUGCGCUUCUUCCAUUACGUACAUACAUACAGUGAAGAGUAGUGUUAUUUUGUAUUCCACGUGUGUGUGUCAUGUUAGUUUGAUAUAUGACAGCACACUUCAUUCAGUCAGGUAGUCAGUCAGUUGUUCAGAUAGUAAGGCAGGCGGGAAGGUUGUCAGUCAGGUGAUCGUUGAGUUAGUUGGUGAGAAAGUCAGGCAGGUGAUGAGGAAGGAAGGUUGAUUGCUAGGUAGACAGAUAGCAAGGCAGUUUGUCAGUAAUUUAUGAGCAAGUCAAGGAAGCAUUUAGUCAAUCAAUGAGGUAUUUAUCUAGGCUAGGGAGUCAGUCAUUUAGUCAGUCUGUCCGGUAGUAUUGAGGUAGGUAGACAGUAAUUCAGUCAGUCAGGGAGGAUACAUUACCAGUAAGUCUAUAAGUGAAUGAUAUCAACAGUGUGUGAUAGAAUGGACUCAUGAUUGGAAGUUUCCUAAUGGUGAUCUCUCUACUUUUCACCUGUUUAAUGCUGAAUAUGUGCUUCUUCCACCACAAGUACCACCACCACCUCUCUUAUCAGUAACACUACUGCCACUACUACUUCUACUAUUGCCAUCACACUUUCCCUGAGUGUUUAAAUGAAAAGGAAGGCAAGUAAAUUAUGUCUGAGAAAGACAAAAAACUGUGUGUGCUUGCAUACCAUAUAUUUAGGUAUGUAUGCUUGUGUGGAUAUUCAUUUAUAUGUGACGUUAGCAAGGCCAGUAGCAAACCUUUAUGUGUGAUAAAUGUGUAACACUUAUUCCUAACAAUAUAUGAAGAAUGGGGGAGUUGAUAUAUUGCAAGUUACGAUGUUUGGGGAAAUUUUAAAGAGUGUGAAUGUCAGAAUUUGUUAACACUUGCACAUUAAAUGUCUACUCUUUUUUUGUACAUAAAUGCAUACAUAUAUAUAUAUAUAUAUAUA